AUUGACAUCUGCAUGCAUUAUGCGCACAGCCAGCUAGCAAAGUCGAGUCUAGUCGGCGAUGCAGAGUUAAUUUGUCGUAAGUUCGUUUGAAUUUCGAAACAUGACAGCCCAAUGUAUGGGGAACUUUGGUUCCCACAAGUGGCUCUACCCAGAAUACUUGCUGGACAAGUACGAGGACCGGGUGUUGAAGCCACGACAGGAGCAAAACGAGACCGAUAUCCGCGGCUACAGCAAGGACACCGUGUGGGUCAACAAGCGUUACAUCCCCACCGAUCUCCGCAGCACGGCGCCCGUACCGCGACACAAACUCAUGGCCCCCAAGGCCCUGCCGUGGGCCGAGCCGCAUUGGGUACCCCUGGGCGAGCCGUCCCUCCGCAAUGUCUCGCGGGCUAAGGAGGAAACGGGGAUUUGUGUGUCCUCGCCCAACACGCGGUGCGAGGAGUGGUCGACGCUGAGGCAGAUUUUACCGUCAAACGGCCGGCCCAUCACCCACAGCCCGCCCAACUGGGGGACCGGGAUGGCGAUGCCUCCCAGAAUGGUGCGACAGAAGCAGACUAGAUUCCCACAUCUUAACAGCCCAAUGACAAGAUACACUGAUGACAUGCACCUAACCAAUCGACUCUUCAAGUUGCAUUAACUUCUAGUUUCUUUACCCAGUUUCUGCAAUCAACAGAGGGAACAAAGUCGGAAAAAGUACAGAAUCCAAUUAUCAGGACUUCAUUGCAUCACUAAAGGUUUUGAAAGCGGGUUCAUUGCAAUCAACAAACUGGUUUAAGGCCGGCUCGUACUUGAAGCCAAUGCGAAUGCAAAUUUGUGCUGUCACAGCAAGUAUCUACAUGUACACGUUUUAAUUCCAGUAAAUUUCAUGACUUCGAUUCGCUUCGCAUUCUCGUGAAGUGUGCACCAGUCUUUACACUUCUAUUCCAAAGGACAGCCUAAGCACCGACAUUCUGUGACAGUCCACAAGAAUAUAAAUAACAUAACUUACUUUUGCAUGUCAAUUGUUGUGAAGUUCAAAGUGUGCACAACACAUUUUUCUAAUGGCAUAAUAGUCAUAUUGACGUUAUCUUUGAUCAAAAUACACAUAUCGACCACUGCACAAGCAAAGUGUGUGCAGCACUUAUCAAAACUUGCAAAGGAACUUACUGUUUGAUUCUGUACUGUUUUCCAACCUUUUGAUAACAAAAUGACGCCUGACAGUUAUGUUUGUAAUUACUGCUUUAACGAACAACCAAAGCUUAAAUAAAAUAAGUGAACUAGUUAUUUUCUUAAAUUUUGCAUUUCUGAUCUUAUAUUUUUGUAAAUAUAAGAAACAGAAACAGGAGGAUGAGGCUACAUCUUGAUCAAACUCAUGUUAAAAAGUAUUUGGUAUUAGCAAUAUCCUGGGGGGGGGGGGGGAAGGACACAAAACUAAACACAAAAAAGCCAACAAAACAAUCAUGAAAAUGAAAAAAAAAACACCUCUUUUGCAGGAGCACAUCUCAAACACUUCAACACAAUUGCUCAGGGUUCUCACCUAAGCUAAACUAUAAUUAAUAAAUCAUUUCUUUUUUACUUACGAACAUUACUCUAUGCAAGUUUCCAUGAUUUUCUAGCAAGAUGGUAAUAAAGAGGUUUUUAAUCUAUAUUUUAAAUGCAAGACAAAAGUCACUUUACACUUUUUUAAAACUCAAAUAGAACAGUAGGUGAAUUACACUGACAAAUCAAACAACAUUUUGAGACCUCUUGUGUCAGUAAAUAGUAUCUACUACUAGGAUUUUUAUAAAUUUCUGGACUCAUUUUUUGGGGUACUUUUAUGUCAGGGUAAGUUAAAUUACCAAGUCGACAGGUCACGGUUUUAGCAUGCAAAGGAAAUUGGUCCACAAAUUUAAGAAUUUAUAACCACCACUUCACCGAUGUCUUAAAAUACUAAAUUGAUACAUAUUCAAAGUUUGUAGGACUCAACAUGCCAUAAAGUUGACUUGUGCUUUUGUAUUUUGGCCUGUUUGUUAUAAUUAUUUUUAAAAAAUGUUUUAUAGGGUUAGAUAAUGUACAUUUAUAAAACAGUAACCAUGGUAACUGUCUGAAUUGUACAAAUGGAUCUGGAAGGUUAUGGAUAACAGGGUUAAAAAAAACGUUUUUGUAACUUUAUUUCAUUUUGAAGACCAAGCUAUUUUGCGUACUAAAAUGUAUCAAUAUUCAUUUCAGAUGUUUUGUAUCAAAUGGUUUAUGAAAACCACAGUAUUCGAAAUUCCAAUUUUUCCAAAUUGCCACUUUGAUCAAAAUAUUAAACUUGCCUUUUAAUUCAAGUUCUUCCAACAAGCCUUAAACAGCUGGGAGUGACUUGGGUCCAUUAUGGAUUUGAUGGGAUUAAAGUUUUCGAAACGCAUGUGUGCUUUAAAAUGUUCUAUAAAAAGUGUGUGCCUGCAUUAUAUGUAAAUACUUAAAAGAGAAAUAUGAGUGAGUAAUUAAUUAUCAUGUAUGUGUAUUUUUGGUAAACAGAUGUGAAUAAAGUUUGAAUGCAGUGAAUAAAGAAUAAGUGGAAACAUUGCUUUCUCUA